AUGAGUUCUCAAGAACGUCAAAAUCUCCAGCAAAGCCAAAACUCCCAAACAAAUCAAAAACAUAUUGAAGUUUUCUUCUUCGAAAAAAUGAGUCCCAAAACGCGUAAAAAGUUAAAAUAUGCCAGAAAAUCAUUUGACUUCGGUCAAGAAAUUCAUAUGUAUUUUCAUAUUACUCUGGGCACCUACUAUGCACUAAGAUCAAUUGAUCUUAGCCAAGCGGUAUAUACCGUAGAGCAUUUGACUUUCUCAUUGAUCGCUAAUAAAGCCAAUAAUUUAUUAAAAUUAAAAGAAUGGGUCUUUAAAACCGCCCAAGAGCUGGGAAUUGACAUCGAAGGAGUUAUCCGAAGUGGAAUUGAUUCCAAAUUUAUAGAAAAUAUUAAAUAA